GUGAACCGGUAUGGCUUGCCUUCGGUCCGGGAGCGUUAGGAGGCCUAACCUAACAUUGGGGCGGAGCGGAGGAGCGAGAGAGAGCUGCAACCCUAGGGAGACCAGAGACACAAUCAGCGAUUAACCGGAGAAAUACAGCGAAGCUAAUUGAUCAUCCAUGGAUUCAGCAGCUCGAAGGAGUAGAGGAGGUCUUCUUGAAGGCCUUUACAAAGUCAUUAUGCGCCGCAACUCCGUUUAUGUUUCCUUCAUCCUUGCCGGUGCCUUCCUUGGGGAACGGGCUGUGGAUUAUGGUGUUCACAAGCUAUGGGAGUACAAUAAUGUUGGGAAACGAUAUGAAGACAUUCCAGUGUUGGGGCAAAGGCAAUCAGAAGAGUAAAUCGUUGGACCAAUUCACUGGCCGUCUUUGAAGUUUCAUACUUUUUGGAAAUUUGGACCUGAUGGACUAGAUACGGAUUUCCAUUUUUGUAAUAAGUGUCUGAUGAUUGCUUCUUUUGUCAAUCUUGAUUCACAAGCAUAAUUGCAUUGAUUGUUGGGAGUAUAAGGAGCAAGCUUAUUUGCUCGAACAAUUUAUUCCGAAACGUCGGAGUACGUAGUUUAUCGGAACUUUUGUCCUAAUACUGGCACUCUGUUUUUGGUACUUGCAAGAUCCGAAUGGCAUUAAUGGAAGAAGCACUGAAAAAUGGAAGUAUCUCAUAUGCCGAGUUA